GCUGCGAUAGGACAGGACUCCAGCGGAGGACGUGAAAGAUGGACUUCUCGUCAGUAAAUACGCCUCUCACAUCGAGCUCUCGCUUUAUUGAAGCGGACAACGAUGACGACCUAGACGAAGAGAACAUUCCUGGCUUCACCCACCCUUCACUCGCUUCUCCUCCACAAGAUAAAGGCAAAGGCCGUGCACCAGAACAGUUGGCAGAGCCUUCAGGAAACACGACCUCUCCCACUGGUGUCUCGGGCAACAUUGGCAGUUCUAACGGUUCUGCACAGUCUAAACCCGCAAGGCAGACCAUCGGUGGUGUUCAAGUGGAGACGCGACAUACGGGAGUAGACACACUGGAUGAACCUGUCACCACGACCAUUGCCCGUGACCUUAUUUCCAUCUAUACCAAACUUGUACAAGUGCUCUAUCCGCGAAGAAGCAGUGGCCGAGAAGUCCUCAGAGACUGGGACUUAUGGGGGCCUCUAUUGUUGUGCCUCUUAUUAGCAAUAAUGCUAAGCGUGAAUGCACCACCCAGCCAGUCGUUAGGGGUUUUCACUAGCGUAGUAGUGAUAGUCUCGCUCGGUUCAUUGGUGGUGACCGUACAAGCAAAACUCUUAGGUGGCAGGGUAUCAUUCUUCCAGGGUCUUUGUGUCCUCGGGUACUGCAUCGCCCCGCUGAAUAUUGCGGCCCUCGUAUCGUGCUUCGUACGUAUAAUAUGGAUUCGCGCUCCCGUUGCUCUUGCGGCAUGGGCAUGGUGUAUAUGGGCUUCUGUAAAUUUCCUCGACGGCACAAAAAUCGAACAGCAGCGCAUCUUGCUGGCUGUAUACCCGCUGCUGCUGUUCUAUUUUAUCCUGGCUUGGAUGAUACUUAUACAAUGAUCUGCCUCGCAUUAUUCGCAAGUACUUGUUAGCGAACAGGCUCUUGAAAAACUUUGUGAUGGUUCCACCUGCCGCGAUGUAAUGUGACUUAUCGCUUGUUUGUUGUACGUUUCCUGCUAUUCGCCUUGCCGUGUUCAUGUGGUGCUCGAACGAAACAAGGGCAUUUAGACUAAUUCAUCAUUUCUUGUUUCGUCC